GAAUAGCGUCGUCAUAGCAACAUUAAAAAAACAACAUUGACCCUCGGAGCGAUCCGGGCGGCAGGAAUAGAUUUUUUUUCCACCCUUUUGUCAGAGUUUGGAUCAUAAGACCGAUUUACAUAGGCGAGAGAAAAAGACCAGAAGAAAGAAAGGAAGAGAAGAGAAGGAAAAGUAAGAGAAUACUACCAAGCGGCAACAUGUUUGCUGAAGAAGCAACAACAACUACAACAACAAUAACAAUAACAACAACAACAACAACAACAACAGAAGACUCUUCUGUGAAGCCAACCAGGAAGCUCUCUUCUGAAGCUCAAUGUAUUUCAAGAGCACUGAAAAACUGCAUCAGUCAAGUUGAGAUUACAACAGCUCUAGGAAACAUCAUCCAGUUUUAUGCUGUGUCAGGUGUUGUGGAUGAGGUCUUGAGUAAUCUUCUUCAAGCACAUCAGGUGUUAGUGGAAAGACUGGUGAUGCUUGAAUGUCAGAAGCUAGAAGGGCUGAAAGACAAACAGACAGAAGAAGUAAAGAAGAGAGAGAUAGUUCAAGUUAGAGAGAAGAUAAAAAACUCAGUCAGAGAUGUGCUGAGAUUUUUCAGGGUCCAUCCAAAUGUUUAUUGGAGCUUAAGAGAAGAGAUUAAUAUGGAAGUAGACAAGAACGAGCGCGUAUUAAUCAGAAUGCUUCAGCUGUUUCACAGCUAUGUGGAGAAAAGGUUGUGUGCUGAUAAUCAGCUGCGGGUACCCCACAGAAAACAGCCUUCGUUUCUCGACAAAACUAUGGAGCUACUGAAUUUAGAGGAAGAAGACACGGCUGCAAUCUUGAAGAACUUAGAUCAAAUGAUCUUGCAGAAGGACCGUGAGAUAAAGAACCUGGAGAGAUAUAUAAAAGAGCAACAUAUGCAAGCUGAGCAGGAGUUGAUUCUCCAAGAGGAACAGGAGAAGCUACAUUUGACUGUAUUAAGUGCUGAGAAAAAGGAUCUCACAGAAAAAAGAGACCAACUGAACCAGGAGCUCCUCACCUUAAUGUCUGAAAACAGAAAGGCAGAGAGAAUUCUACAGGAAGAAAAUGACGGUUUGAAGAGAGAAACUGAAAACAUUUUACAAACCUUUGACAGGGACAUGCAUGAAAUUCAGACCAAGCUGGAACUGAUGGAAAAGAAUUAUGAAAUGGAGUUGGAGGAGGUGAGGAAGCUGCAGGAACCCUAUUCUAUCCUAGAGGAGAAGUACAUUGAGAUCCAGGAGAAGAGGCGUGUGGCAGAAGAGAAGAGACAGGAGGAGAUGCGGAAGCUGGAGCAGAAGACCAAAGCUGCUCUCACCAUCCAGGCUUAUUGGAGAGGGCACAUUGUCCGCAAGGCCUUGAAGAGCAAGGCCAAGAAGGGCAAAAAGGGCAAAAAGGGGAAGGGCAAAGGCAAGGGCAAGGCUAAGAAAGGCAAAUAAACCAACCAGUUUCACACUA